ACACAGUACUUGCUAGCCUCUGGUCCUUGUUGCGAGUCUUUCAUUGUCUUUUCAGACAACCCCACCUGGGUUCCCACUCAGACCGCUCGCACUCGUACGAAACCUAGUCAUGUUUGAGCCCACUCGUGGAGGAACGCGUGGAGGACAGGCAGAGUUCAAAUGGUCAGAUGUCUCAGCAGACAAAGACAGAGAAAACUACCUUGGACAUAGUAUCAACGCCCCCACAGGUCGUUGGCAGAAGAAUAAAGAUGUUCAUUGGUAUAACCGUGAAGGAGGACAGACGGACGCAGAGCGGGAAGAGGAGAUACGCGCUAUAAAGGAGAAGGAGGCGGAAGCGCUAAGUUUAGCAUUAGGCUUCGCCCCCUCCAAGACCGCGCUCCCUUCUUCCUCCGCCCCCGGAACAGGCGCCAACGCCGCCCCUCUCCCUCCCAAAGCCCCCUCCUCCCCCAACGCCUCGUUGAACCCCGAAGCAGCCGAAGCCAAAGAAGAAAAACGCCGACGCAAAGCCGAGAAACAAGCGCGCAAGGAAGAAAAGCGGGCUCGAAAGGAGGAGAAGAAAGCUCGAAGGGCGGAGAGGGAGGGUAGCAGAGGACAUGGCGGGUCGAAGAGGUAUGACAGCGAUGAGAGCGAUGAUGAGGAGUUAGGAAGGAGACGGGGGUAUAGGGAUGAGCGGGAGAGGUCACCGGUGCCGGUGAGGAGGUAUAGGGAUGAGAGGUCGAGAUCGCCGAGACGGAGGGGUGAGAGGGAGCAGUAUCGUGUAGGGAGGUAUAGGGAGAGGUCGAGGUCGCCGGUAGCGUCUUCGCGGGCACCGAGAGAUUACGACGAGAGGGAUCGUGAGAAAGAAAGAGAUGAAGCAAAGAGAAGAGGGGAUGAAAGGGAUAGGGGACGGGGAAGGGGCGGACGCGAAUGAGAGAUAUUCUCUUCUGGAACAAUGUGACGGUCAAGUUCGCGCCUUGCGUGUCAACGAUCGGGACUUUGUUUGUUUAGUGGUGCGCCUUCGUUCUUCUUGAUAUCUCCUGUUCUGUGUCUUGCAUAUAUUGCAGUUGG